GUAGUGACCAAAACAACAUGGCGCGGUGCAGCUGAUUUCCUUUAGUUCACGAAUAUUUUCACAUUUUCCACCACAAUGUCGCGGCACAGAGACGUGAGGAACCUAGAUUAUGACGAAGAGUAUGAUGAGGCGUGUGAUGACAAUAUUUAUGGACACUCAGUUGAUGACAGUGACUACGGCGUGUCUCCCAGCCUGGAGCAAUAUUUGUAUAGUCAAAGCAGAGACAACACACAUGGAUUUGGUCUGUACUUCCCAACUGGUGCAGACAUCAAGGAGGAGGAAGAGACUUUUGAUGGACUGAAGAAUGACGCACAGGACCGCAGCAGACAUGAUUCUUCCUCCAGUUACGAGAAGCCACCUCUUUCUCCUGAGGAUGAGGUCAGACUCGCCUCUAUCCUUGACGAGCUGAGAAAUAUACUUGGUGACCAGUACAGUGAGGGAGAACUAAUGCACACUGUUAUAAGCAACAAUUUCCACCUGGAGACGACUCUGAAUGCCCUUCUGAACCGUAGCUCCUCUGGGGGGCAGGCUGCUUCCUCUGCUGCUGCUGCUGGUGGUGGCAGUGGCUCAGGUGUUAGUCCACAGUCACUGCCACAGAGGGAGAAGAGAGUCAGAAAUAGAGAUCCCACCAAACCCCCCACAGAGGACUUAAGGCAGCUCACACUCACACACAACAGUCACACGCACACACACACACAUGGACUCCCCACGCACAUGGAUACCUCCCCUGCCCCCGUUGCUGCUGCUGCUGCUGCUGCCACCCCUGUCAUUGUGAGCCAGGGGUCAGCAGGGGCACCCAAAGUUGUCAGGGGCUUUGAUGUGGUGGACAGAGAUGGGAAUGGAGAAGCUGGCCAAUCAGCAUUAAGCACAGAACCAGAGCCAGCCAAUAAGAGGUCUCGAUCCAGCACUCCCGUCCAGCCAGUCAAUCAGGAGAGAGAUGGGCCAACCAACUCUACCACCACCACCACCACCACCACUCCUGCUGCAAAGGCCCUUCCUAAGAUCCGUGACAAGCCAGUGGAUGUGGUGGCAGAGUACAAGAGUCGGCGUGGAGGAGAGCAGAGUCUUCUCAAUCUGGUGGUGGUGGGACAUGUGGAUGCUGGAAAGUCCACUCUGAUGGGACAUGUACUUUAUCUCAGGGGCACUGUGGCACAGCGAACAAUGCAUAAGUAUGAGCAGGAGAGUCGCAAGAUGGGCAAACAGUCCUUUAUGUAUGCGUGGGUGUUGGACGACACUGAGGAGGAGAGGUCCCGCGGUGUGACAGUGGAUGUGGCACAGCGUGUGUUCUCAACAGGCCACAGGACCGUGACACUGCUGGAUGCGCCAGGUCACCGAGACUUCAUCCCCAACAUGAUCACAGGCGCGGCUAGGGCAGAUGCAGCCGUGCUGGUGGUGGAUGCCUCAACGGGGGAGUUUGAGGCCGGGUUUGAGAGUGGCGGCCAGACCAGAGAACAUGCACUGCUGGUCAGGUCUUUAGGAGUAUCACAGCUGGUAGUGGCAAUCAACAAGCUGGACACGGUGGACUGGAGUGAGGAGAGGAUGAAGGAGGUUCGACACAGCCUGAGACAGUUCCUCAAGGGGGUUGGAUACAAGGACAUUGAUGUAACAUAUGUCCCUUGUUCGGGCUUGAGUGGAGAGAACCUGGUGAAGAGGACUCCUGGUGAACCACUCUCUGCCUGGUACAGUGGGCCAACUCUACUGGAAGCUAUUGACACGCUUAAGAUUCCUGAGCGUGGGAUUGAGAAGCCAGUGAGGAUGUGUAUCUGUGAUGUGUACAAGGGCCAGGGGUCAAACAUGUGUGUGUCGGGCAGGCUGGAUACAGGCUACCUUCAGCCAAACGACAGACUGCUGCUCAUGCCACAAGGAGAUGUGGUGAAUUUGAAAAACAUACAGAUAGACACGCAGGCAGACAAUGUGGCAUUUGCUGGGGACCACAUUACCUUAACCAUAAGUGGCGUUGACCCAGCUGCCCUGCAUAUUGGGGACUUCCUCUGUGAUCCGACCUCCCCUAUCCCACUCGCCACGAAAGUCCAAGCUAGAAUUGUGGUCUUUAAUAUUGUGGUUCCUUUGAUCAAAGGUGCCCAGCUGGACUUCCAUUAUCAGUCAGUCACAGAGCCAGCCACCAUCAGAAAGUUAGUCUCCCAGCUGCACAAAACCACAGGACAAACGCUGAAGUCUCGGCCUCGUGCGCUCCCAAAGAACUCGGCUGGGAUGGUUGAGUUGGAGUUCUCUCGACCUCUUUGCCUUGAGCUGUUCCGUGACUUCAGGGAGAUGGGAAGGUUCAUGUUGAGGACGGGAGGGACGACGAUAGCUGCCGGUCUUGUGACAAAGAUCUUGGACUGAGAGAAAUAACUGGAAAAGACCACUUACACAGUCAGUGAGUGUGUUAACCAGGCAGCCAACCAACCAGCCAGUCAGUCAGAUGGUCAGUCAAUCAGUCAAUCUACUCACCUUAAUUUGGUUAAACUCCAUCAUUAUUUAGUAAUGUAAUUACUAUGAUUGUCAUAUAAUUAAUUAUGUACACGUUACCUUGUUAUUAAAAAAUAUAUUUAUUGUAUUUAUCAUAUUUCACCAGCAAGGUACAGGUAGAUACAGCAUAAUAACAGUAACCCUUGAUAACAUAAUAAAGGGGAAACUAUUACAUACCAGACAGCAUCACUCAUUCAUGCACACAACAUUCACAUUCAUAGUCGCAUAAAACUACUACAUAAUACUCUAUCCUAAGAUGUAUUCAAUUCCAUGACAUUACAAACGGUUUACCUAAAGGACUUAUUUGGCAUAAUGUAGAUAAAAGCGGUGUUCUAAUUUUGCCAUCUUUCUGCCGCAUUGAUUGAAAAUUACUGUGCUGUUUUAAGAUGGUUGUAAUUUUUGCCUCUUGGGACAGUUCAAGAGUGUAUUAAAUGCCACGCUUGUCUGGUAGGCUUCAAGUCUUAGGUAUAUUCAAUGCUCAGUGUAUCAAAGGUUUACUGUAUUCUAGUGUAGACAGAAAGGUGUUGUGAACUUAGAAGAAAGGAGGUGGCAGUGAGAGAAAGUGCAUAUUUAGUAUUUAGCCAGAAAACUAUUAUAAACUUGAAAGAGAGAAAAUAUUUAAAAUUUUACCUGAAAACUAUAUUGUGCAUUUAGAAGACAAAGAAUGAGUACAAAUUUACUGAGAAAAGAAAAGAGUUAGAGAGAGAGAGGAAGUAUCAUAUAAUAAUUAAUUAAUGUGCAACAAAAUAGAGAGAGAAUUACUACUUUCAAUUUUCUCAAAAUAAUUAUUGUAACUUUAGGGAGAGAAAAAGAAGUGAAAAGAUAAAGAGGAGAAAGAAGAUAACAGGGCAUAGCAUGUAGCAUAUUAAAAUCUAUAAGUGUUAUAAGUGUUGCAAGACUGACUCCUAUGCUUUCGUCUGUUCUAUUUUUGUUACAAGGGUUUGUUUAUUUUCUGGACUGUUGCAUUUACAAUUAAUGACGCAAAAGAAAUAAUAAGAUAUAUUUGGGAAUGUGUGGGUAUCUAUGACAUCUUUACUUUACUUUUUGUUUUGUUUUUUCACUGUAUGACUUUGGGGAAGCAAAUGAAUACUUUUUUAUGUAUGGCUUCAUGAAUACAAUGGGUUUUAUUUUUUUGCUUUAUUGUUAUUGUAUUGUUUUGUUAACUUAAAUUGUAUGACGCUAACAAAUUGUAUUCAGGAACAGCCAAUAAUAAUUUUGUUACCUA